AAGGCUGUAGUCCUCAGGACAGCGCGGACGUAAAAUCGUCCAAUGGAGCUGCCACGAUGGCCUCAUCUGUUCCCACUGCCGUAAUCACGCCGCUCAAUCCGCCGUCAAGCCAUUCAAGGGCUCGUCGCCCACCAAUGGUGCAACCAAGACAUAUAUAUCCGAUCACCAACAAGGCACCACAUGCUUGGAUUUCGGUCAACCCGGUCUGCUUCAGCCCUCUCAAGAAUCGGUUCCACCUAUGUCAUUUCCGCUUCAUGCCCACAGUGGACAGACUAUCCAGAGUUCCGAUGGUCUUGUGUCUCAUGGAAUGAAUAUCAAUGGAAUGAAUGUCAAUGGGAUGAACGGGAACCGGAUUUAUGCCAACGGAUCUUCUUCCUUACUAGUCCAGACCCUCUCAUCGUCUGUCAGUUCAGAGCACUCGCCCUCACCCUCGUCCUCAUCCUUGCCACAAUUUACUCAGAUGCAGUCCAACCUGUGCUUUGAUUAUACUAGCUCUUCUGAUUAUGAUAGCGACCAUUAUCAGCCUUCAUCUUCGUCCUAUCCUUUCUUUCCCGACAACAUGUCCAAUUAUGCUGUCAGUAAUGCUUCAGAUGAUUUGGAGGAAAUGGAUUUGCUGAACCCUUCGGACUCUAAAAAGAUCAUGGAUGACAUUAUGAACGGGACUACACCGUUGAACCCGAUGGAGAGUGCAUCUGCGGAUGAAAUUCGAAUGCUCUAUUCUGCCUUGUCAACGUUCUCCACCACCUCAUCUCCUGCUGUGCCUACACCUCCCAAUCACCCUUACUCUUCCCCCGGCCCAGCUUCCAGUACCUCGAGUCUAUAUAACCUUCCUGUUUCUUCGACCACAUCUCUCAAGAAGGGAUGUUGUGGCUCUGGAAAGAUUGGAGAUAUCGCAUCAUCCCCUGCUUCAUCCAUUCUAUCCUAUUCAUCCUCUGCCAGCAGAAGCGAGUUUGGUGAUGAUGAGCUUAUUCCACGAGACGGAUGUGGAUGUGCUAUUUCUGCUAGUAUGUGUUGCUGUGGUGAGCUUUGCGCCUGUCCUGGGUGUCUUGCCUAUCCAAACAACCGAGGUAUGCUAAAAUCAAAUAUGGACGGAUCAAAACAGGAUGGCGUCGGUAGUGACACGGAUAUGAACAAGGACAUGAUGUUUGAUAACGACAAGACGCUCACGAGUGCUCAGGCUCUGAAUCUCAGCGCCGCCUUGAACUUGGUCCAGAAUGGGAUGAACGAAGGCAAUUCGAGUGUGGAUGCACGACAGGCUUUGAAACAGGAGCUUAGUGGGGUAGGGCUCUCCAGUCUGGAGGCAGCCCAGAUGCAGCAUCCCACUCUGUUGGGUGAUAAUGGUGUCCUGAUUUGCGGUUGUGGCUGUGGUCGCCCCACUGUAGACUGUACUGAAUGUUUCCGUGACAUGUGCCAGUUUGUGGGAGAGUACCAGGCCAGGAUGAUGAAGGAAGAAGUCAAUCAUGGGAACUCGCAGCGUCAGGAUAUGAAUGCAAAGCAACCAGAGCUCGGUAUGAAUAUGAAUAUGGCCAUGUCUAUGAAAAUGGGCAUGAGCAUGGGCAUGGACAUGUCGAGCUUUAAUGGGACAACGUUUGUUCCAACACAGCCACUGCCGCAAACAAUGAGUUUGCUCACUAUGCAACAGCGGAGUCAUUCCAAUGACAUAAGCCGUGUCAAUUCGCCAUUAUACAGUCAACAACAACAGCAACAACAGCAACAACAGCAACAACAGCAACAACAGCAACAGCAACAACAGCAGCAGCAGCAACAGCAACAGCAACAGCAAAGACAGCAAGAGCAGCAGUACUUUAAUCAGAAUGAUCCGGUACUAUUAACAGAGAAUGCAUUACUAAAGCAACAGCAACAACAGAUGCAACUGGCUCAACAAAUGCAACAGCGACUUAGUUUGAGACGUCGUUUCCGGGAAGAAAUUGAUGAGGAGCAAAAGUUGCAGUUGCAGAUCAUGGAGCAAGAACAGAUGCAGCUCCAACAGUUACAGUCGAGUAUGCCUAGCCUGAAUCAACUCCAGCUGAACUUUUUGGAUAAUGAAGACUGGAGCUUCGUGGAUGAGAUUCGAGCGGACAGUAUUGAAUUGAGUAUGAACAGUGUUGGUGUGCGGAGAUCAUGACCGUUGGGCCAUGAUUUCUUUUUUCUUUCUACCACAUACCACUUUUUGCAAACAAGGAGGGGGAGAUACUUUUAGUGGAAUAGCAUAGAGUCAGUU